AUGCAUUCGCCACCUCCGAUUGCUGGUAAAGGAAAGAAGAUCAUGGAAGAUACCAAUGUGAAUACUCCUAUUGGUGUUCAUAGAAUUAGUUAUAUGGAAUCAUCUUCGUCAGACAUGAAGCUAUUCGUUAAUAGGUUUGCUAAUGCAAAACCUAUUUUAGUUGCUAAAGGUGAUCUAGUUGUUCAAAGGAUUGCGGCUCGUCCAUCAAGUAUUUGUGAUAUUUCUGCUAAGAAUUGUCGAAAGAUUGGACAUUUGGUUGAUGCUUGCAAUGUACUCAUGAAUGGGGAAGUCAAUAAGGAUAUGGGAAAGGCUCCUGAACAAAGCAAAGAUGUUGAGAGAAGUAGAGAUAUCGAUAUCAAGGAGGAUUCUUCUUAUGGGCCAUGGUUAUUGGUUAAUAACAGAAGAAAUAAAAGACAGAAAGUUGGUUACCUGAAGAAAGAAUUUGUUUCAAAAUUUGAAGGCGUAUUUAAAGCACGGUUUGACAAUGCUUUACUGAGUAAACCGAUAAAAACUACAACAACUGAAGAAAUGGUGGUGCCUUUGAGUGGGGAAAAGGCUCUAAAUGAAGCUAAUCGAUUGAGUAAGGAUAUCAGCCCUAUUACUGAUGUGGUUUUAAAUGCUCCUGUAGAUGAGGAUGGCUUGGCUAUUUUCAGUGAAGGGGAUCUAUUGGAUUCCAAAGGUGAUCGAUUUAUUGGCUUAGGGAAUGUUGUGGCUGGAGGACAUAAACCGAAGCUGGCUAAAGAAUUAAGGUCUCUUGGGCCUUUGAAGUCAUCCUCUAAGCAAAGCAAGAUGAAUGGGGUGAAUAAGAAGGAAGCCUCCUUGUAUUUGAAGGAGUUUGUUAGGGAGUGGGAUAUUCUCUUUGUUGGAGGUAUUUUGGUUUUAUGGAGGUCUUCGUUGGCUUCUUUUACUUUGUUGGAAGCUUUAGCUCAAUGUGUUGUUGGGGAGCUGAAGAUUUUUAAUAAAAGAUUAUGGGUAGUUUCUACUGUCUAUAGUAGCAGAGACUUAUAUGGUAGAAGAAGGUUAUGGGAUUAUUUGGAGCAACAUUCGAGGUCUGAGAUACCUUAUGUGGUUGGGGGAGAUUUCAACUGCAUUCUUUCUCAAGAUGACAAAAAAGGAGGAAAGAAAUUCUCCUUUUCAAAAGGCCCAUUGGAGAUGAAAGGUUUUAUGAAUAAGUCUGAUUUAUAUGAUAUUGUAAUUCUUGAACCUAAGUAUACCUGGUGCAAUAAAAAGAAUGGCACUGUUCAUAUUCAUGCAAGACUAGAUAGAUGUUUAUUGAAUUCCGAGGCAUUGGAAUUAAUUCGUCAGGCUUCAAUUAGGCAUCCAUCAAGGGUUGCUUCAAACCAUUAUCCUAUUGUGUUGAAGAUCUUUAUGCAAACUGAUUGUAGUAGGAGAAAUUGGAGAUUUGAAGAUGUUUGGUUAUCCUACCCGACUGCAGCUUCAGUGGUGAGCAGAUCAUGGAGUCAAUGGGCUACUGGGAAUGCUAUAGAUAGUUUGAACAAAAAGUUUUCAAGGACACUAAAAGAUGUGCUCUCAGUGGAAGGAGACUAUGGUGAUUCUUAUUACUAA